UUGCACCAACAGGAGGAAGGUUUUGUUUUGAUGAUACAGUUUGUGAACUUCUGUGCAGGUACAGUGAGAAAACGUCAACCUGAGGAGGGUUCUAUUGAAUAUGCCGUGUUGAGGUGCAGCCAUCCAGGAUGUAGCUUUACUUGCCGAUACAAAAAGGACCUGCAAAGACACAGCCGCAUUCAUACAGGAGAAAAGCCUUACAAGUGUCCCGAGUGUUCGAAAGAAUUCAGCCGAUCAGACAAAAUGAAUAAUCAUCGGCGAAAGCACACAGGAGAAAAACCAUUCAGCUGCAGCCAGUGUGAUUAUGCUGCUGCUGACAGAUGGACGUUGAAGAUGCAUCAGCGAGUACAUACUGACGAAAAACCGUACAGGUGCCAGAUGUGUCACUUUGCAGGCCGCCACCAGAACCAACUUCUCGUGCAUCUUCGAACACACACCGGUGACACCCCUUUUCAAUGCCCUGAGUGUGGCGCUCGAUUCCGCAUCAGCUGUGACCUGCAACGUCAUCUUAGGACACACACUGGUGAACGGCCAUAUGCGUGCCGCCAGUGUCCAUACAAGGCCACUGUGCUCAGCAACCUGCGCUCCCAUGAACGGGCGAUGCAUAGUGCUGACCAGCCUGCUCAUUGUAGCCAGUGCUCAUUUUCCUGCUCGUCUAAGCGGGAACUGCGGCUUCACAGCACAACUCACCGGGAAGGCAGUCUACGCUGCACUGAAUGCUCAUACACCUGUGAGCGGCGUAGCUCCCUGACCAGCCACAUGCGAAGCCAUGACAAAACUCGGCCAUAUCAUUGCCAAGCCUGUACAUAUACAUCAAAGCACCCUGCCAACUUACGCAGCCAUAUGAAGAGCAAGCAUUCAAAAAAGCCAUCAAAGCCUAGAAAAGGAGUUGUCAAAGGACGUCAAGCAGUGUCAUGCCAUCGUACCUACCAGUGUAGCGAGUGCCCUGAAGCCUUUGUGCGAGAAGACUCUUUGCGCUCACAUUGUCGGCUUCACCGCAAGGGCAUCUUGCCACCUGCUGCAUUGCCACCAGCAUCUGAAGAGGCAGCACAAGUCACCAGUGAAUCUCUUGACACUGCUGCUGAGGGCUCAACCAUUGUGCAGCCAUCUCUGAACGAAAACAAUGAACAAGAAUUAGAUCCUGCUUGCCUUGUUCCUACCAUAAGCACUGCAACAUUCACAGUGUGCACAGCGUCUGAGCAAGCGCAGCCAUUAUGUCAUUCACAAGUGGAUGCCAUGGGAACAAGCCAAGUACUUGAGUGCCUUGUUCAGGACCCUCUGACAGUGGAGUUUCUUCCAGACAAGCAGCUGGUGUUCUUAGCUUCGGGGCAGGAUUCGACCUCGGCAUCAGCCGCCAACCUCCCGCUGCUAGUGUCCGCAUUACAGCCAGCUUUUUGGGCAUCACCGCCAGUCGCCACGCUCGAGAACUCUGCUUAGAAAACGCUCUUGCUGCUGAAACUGUACAUACCAUUGAAGCAUAACUUGAAAUGAUAAAACUUUUUAGCUGGACUUUUCUAAACUUCUAUUUGGAGGUUGCUAUGCAAUGUCAUGUUGUAGGUGGUCUCAGCUUGUAAAAUAUGAGGUAUAUAGUGGCAAAAAAAAAGUACACAAGGAAGUCGGAAAACAUAUUGAUCCACACAAACACACUGCUGCUUUCAGCAACGUUACUUUUACUUUCAGUGAUGGCUUAGCAGCUACUAUUGCAUUGCACUAAUAAGCAUGAAGUUACAGUAUCAAAUCUCAACCAUUUCAUCUGCAUUUCAGUGGGUUUACAUGCUGGAACACCUGUGUACAUUGGGUGCACAUUAAAGAAACACCGGAAGUCAAAAUUAAUUAGGAGUCCCACACGAUGAUGUGCCUCGCAAUCAAAUCGUGGUUUUGCACAUAAAGCCUUGCAACUUAAUCUACGUAUUUUAGAUAUAACAACUUUCUUUGUUUCCAGGGCCAAGGCAAACUGUGUACCUUUCAUUGGCCAUUUUUCAAGGGACAUCCAGCACUUGAUUAAACUAUAAAUUUCAAUUAUAAAACAAGAAGAGAAACCAAAAAUCUUUACCCUGGCAAAACAUCAUUUGUAGUUGCUGAAAACUUUUGCACCCUACAUUGCCAGAGGUGUAUGUACAUCCGGUCUGUUUUAAUUACUCUGAUUUUGGGUUGAAAUGAAUGUGAGGUUUCUCUCAUAACUGUAUAGGCUGAGCGUAUUACAGCAUUUAGUGAGUCAUUCAUAAGCAAACCUUCGUUAACAAUGUCUACAAAGGAACUGCAAUUUGUGCACAUGUGAUGACAUUUUUGUCAUAGCAGCCAUUCCAGUUUGCUCUGUCUGUUAAGUUGUUUUUCUUUUGACACCUUCUUCAAGCUUCUGAAACCAGUGGAGCAUUGUGGCCAGUGGAGAAAAGUUUUACAUUUACAGAAUAGUUACUGCUGAUGACAUCGCUCUUUAAAAAAGGAAUUUGCUGUCUGUUUCUUCAUGUUAACUUCUUUUUUUUUUUUAACGUUGCUUCAUAUGGUUAUUCAUGAAGCUUUAGUGCAUCCUUUACUAUGUGUUUUGUAAGUGCGGCUUUUUUUUUCUGCUGAGUGUUCUGAUUUAUUUUACUAAGUGGAUGCUACUUUAAUUAAUGUACUAGCAUUUUUGCUAUUGCAUGAGCUAUGCUCUGAGAAGUGUGUGUGCAUAUAUAUAUAGUUACUUGGUAAUGUACUAAACACACAAGUUCUCAGAGAAGCUUUGGGGAGAACUACAUCCUUCCCUGUUCAGCACUGUCCUCUGAGCCUGUAAUUUUUUUGCAUAAUAACCGCUCAUGUGAAAAGCUGAUGCAAAGUUGUUUUCAAGGUAGUUCAUGAAGGAAUGUGACUUAUAGUAUUAUCAUUAAUUGGUAGUCAGCUCCCAAGUUUAUGAAAGUUACUAAGUGCCUUACAGGUAGGGUAUGUUACACGAGGACUGUGGUUACCCUGUUGUCUUUGCUGCAUUUUAGAUUACCUAUUUUUUGCAUUGCACUGCUGGAAAGGAGGCGAGGAAGUACUGCUGUGGGGAUAAAGGCUUUACUAGUUAAAAUCGUGCCUGCCUGGAACUGCAGGGAUAAUGGCUGUUCUAGUAGGCAUCUUCGGUUAAUUAAUCUCCUGCAUCACUGCUACGUUUGCAUCACUGCAUUGUGCAUUUAGCAUUGAGAUGAUGUGCAGACAAACCACUAAUAGUUGUCACCAUCAUGAGAAUACAUUUAAAACCAUUACACUGACAAUGUUCUGAGCUGCAGCACAUAAAUUUAUAAAUUGUGUUCAACGUUGUCGGGCGGGUUUGCUGUUCAUAUAAAUUUUAAAGUUCCGCUGAGUACAUCCAUAUUAAAUGUUGUAUGACAUCUUUAUUUACACUGUAACAAGCCAAAGAAAACUAUUUUGGCAGGAACUGGUAUGGUUAUAGCCAGCUAUUAAAAAAUUGGUGCAAAGGAAGUUAUAAUGUUAAAAGCAGCAGCCUUUUAACUUUCAGUUUGCAGUAAUAAAAAUUUUCAGAUUUAUUUAUGGCAGUGGUUGGUGAUACCUGUGGUUUGUGGCUUGAGUACCAUGCUCAUGCUGCCUUUGUAUACUGCAGUUAUUGCAUCAGAGAUAUUUUGAGUGAAGUUCUUGAAAUGGUCUAUGGUGAUUUUAAACAUGCUGAUACAUAUUUUGAUUACAUCUCAGAAGGCUAGCCCAUUUGUAGAAUUCAAAAAAUUUUUGUUAUUGAAAUCUGAGCCUUUUGUCAGAAAUGCUGCAUAAAAGGCAUAGGGGAAAAGUAUGUCAUGUCCACCCCCCCCCUUUUUAGUUUCUUUUGUCUAAUGGUGAGGGUUCUGGUUACUGAUGUUUUGUGUAUAUAGAUGCUGAACUGUUUUUGUGCUGCAGAACUGGCCUUUUGAUUCUUGUAGCUGUUUCUUUGUAAAGUCAGUAGACUGAUCCUUCAGACGUGCUCAGAAGCAACAAAAUGAAGGUUUGCUAGCAAUUUUACUAUUUCAGUCAGUAUGCUCAUUGUUAUCAGUCACAUGGCAUACUAGUUUAACCAAGUCAGGAUGUAUCAUCAUGAAAGAGUGGUGUACUGAGAUACUCAAUUGUACUUCACAGUCAUCUGGUGGUACUAUGUCACUGUUCGCUGAUGUUUUGUAUGCUUUUGCGAAAGAACAAAGGCAUUGCUUAUUGCCAAUAAAUGCAGUCUCACUGCUGUUUCUAUUUUC